CAUAGCCAUUUUUCUGUUAAGGGGUUGAGGUUUGAAAUUCAGAGUCCAUGGAAGAAACGAAUUACUAUGCAAGCAACAGAAGUAUGAGAAGUGAUUGGAUUUGGAAGUAUGUGAAGAGUGUUGGUGAGAGAGUGAGAAGAUUUACAGGUUUGGCAUGGAGAACAGCAGUGAAAGUAGGGAAAGAGGAUCCAAGAAGGGUGAUCCAUUCCUUGAAAGUGGGGUUGGCUUUGACACUCGUUUCUUUGCUGUAUCUCAUAAAGCCUUUGUUCGAAGGGAUUGGACAAAAUGCCAUGUCAGCUGUUCUUACUGUGGUUGUCGUCAUGGAAUUCACAGUAGGAGCAACAUUAGGCAAAGGACUGAAUAGAGGGUUGGGGACUCUUUUGGCAGGAUCAUUGGCAUUUCUUGUGGAGUAUUUUGCAGACAUCCCUGGUCGGAUUUUUCAAGCUGUUUUCAUUGGUUCUGCAGUUUUUAUUUUAGGAGUUGUAACUACUUAUGUGAGGUUCAUCCCCCAUAUCAAGAAGAACUAUGACUAUGGUGUUAUGAUAUUUCUCUUGACUUUCAAUUUGAUAACUGUAUCAAGUUACAGAGUUGAUAAUGUCUGGGCAAUUGCAAAAGAUCGUAUAGCAACCAUUGCCAUUGGUGGUGGCCUCUGCCUUGUAAUGAGCCUUUUGGUUUUCCCAAACUGGUCAGGGGAAGACCUCCAUAACUCCACCAUAGCAAAGCUCGAAGGCCUAGCCAACUCUGUUCAAGCUUGUGUUGGGAGAUACUUUAAUGAUUCUGAAAAUCAAGAAACUCAAGAAGAUGCUUCUGAUGAUCUGAUAUACAAAGGUUACAAGGCUGUCUUAGAUUCUAAAUCUAAAGACGAAACACUGGCACUGCAAGCAAGUUGGGAGCCAAGAUGGUCAACUUAUUGGCACAGAAUUCCAUGGCGGCAAUAUAAAGUAGUGGGGGUUACUCUUCUCCAUUUUAGUUACACUGUUGUUGCACUACAUGGGUGUCUUAUGUCUGAAAUUCAGACCCCAGGAUCAAUUCGAGCUCUAUACAAAGACUCUUGCAUCAGACUUGCAGAAGAAGUGUCUAAAGCACUGAGGUAUCUAGCUAAUAGCAUAAGAAAUAAGCGUCAAUUCUCCCCUCAAGCACUGUCUGACAGUAUCAAUGAAGCUCUACAAAAUCUGAACGAUGAGUUGAAAUCCCAACCACAACUAUUUCUAGGCUCAAAGAAUUUUGGUGGAAGCACACAUGCUGAAGAAGACACUAGAGUGUCAUUCUCAAGUGUUAGGAGUGAUUGUUCUUCCAUGUUUGAGUACAAAUCCAGAGAACUUUCUGGUGAGAUGUCAGUGGAGGGACACAAGAAGGUUUUGAAGCCACUGAUGAGUAAGAUUGUGAUGACAAGCCUUGAGUUUUCAGAAGCACUGCCUUUUGCAGCUUUCACUUCUAUGCUUGUGGAGAUGGUGGCAAAGUUGGAUCAUGUUAUAGAUGCAGUUGAUGACUUGGCCAAAUUGUCACGCUUUAGAGAGUUCAGAGAUGAAGAUGAGAUUGUUGUGAGUUGUGAGAAACCAAAGAUAGUUCACAAUGACUUUCCCUCUUAUGCAUUUGAUUAACUAGGGAGUAUUAAUAAGGCAUAUGUGGGGAGAGCAGUAAUGUAGUUUUAAGUCUUCUGAUAGAAAACAUGUAAUAAAGAAAUGAACAACUCUGUUAACAGAUGUUUUAAUUGCAAGAUCAGAAAGAUAACAGUGUGUCUGUUAAGAAAUAAUUGUUGAAAUCACCCCUU